CUUUUAUUUUUAGGAGAAAAUUACCUUUAUUGAGGAGUCUUAGAUAUAUGUACUAUGCCUUUAUUGUCAUUGAUGAGCCACUGAUGAGUCAGAGAAACCAAAAAGUUUAGAAUCACCAACUACUUCUUUAGCCCUUUAAAUACACCUCUUCAUCAACCUCAAUAGGCAUCAACUACCACUACUACUACAACUCAUCUACUGCCUUCAUUUCCUGAGAUUGAAAAACUCUCAAUACCUAUCAUCCACCCACAAACUCCAAAAUCAUGAAGACUUUAAUUCAGGGACAAGUUAUUGGAAUUCCAAUUGCCUCAGUUUCAUGUAACUUUGAUCAGAGGAGUACUUCUAAGGCACUACUCCUUACUGAUGCAGCUACUCAAUUUCACACUGAUAAAUUUCCUGAAGAUGUAUCUUCAACUUUGAAAAAAAGUAAAAUACACUCAGUACUAAACAGAAUGAACAAGCUUGGGAAGAAAGCUGACAUUUUUGCACAUGGAAUUAAAGAACAUGUGAGAAUGGGACCUAAGAUUACAGAAACUGUGAAAGGAAAACUGAGCCUAGGAGCUAGGAUUCUUCAAGUUGGUGGGGUUGAGAAGAUUUUCAAGCAAUUAUUCAGUGUAGGAGAAGGAGAAAAACUAUUGAAAGCUUCUCAAUGCUAUUUGUCAACUACAGCAGGCCCCAUAGCUGGCCUUCUCUUCAUCUCCUCAGUCAAGAUCGCCUUUUGUAGCGAAAAAUCUAUCAAAUUUUCAUCCCCAAAUGGAGAACUGAUUAGAGCUCGUUACAAGGUUGUGAUUCCAGUAAUCAAGAUAAAAGGAGUCAAUGAAAGUGAGAAUGUUAAGAAACCAUCACAAAAGUACAUAGAGAUAGUUACAGUUGAUAACUUUGACUUCUGGUUCAUGGGAUUCUUCAAUCACCAGAAAGCUUUCAAGUGUCUUCAACAGGCAGUUUCUCAAGCUUAGAGAAACUACUUGCAAAACCCCACCAAAGGAUUUAUUAGUGCUGUAGAGAUUGAAAAGCAAAAUUGUCUAUUUAAUUCAGUUUUGCUUAAAACUCACAUGUAUUUAUGUGAAGAGCUAGCUAGUAAGGGCUCAAUACGGUUACAAAAAUUGUACAAAUUUUUGUUUAUGAGGAAAAAAAUCUCUUUUUCAUUCUUCUA